AUGGCGCCUAAAGCCAAAGGUGGUGACAAGGGUAAAAAAGGCAAAGAGCCCAAACCUGAAGAGCCCAAACCUGAGGAGCCCAAACCUGAGGAGGCCAAGCCUGAGGAGGCCGAGCCUGCGGAGGCCAAGCCUGAGGAGGCCGAGCCUGCGGAGGCCAAGCCUGCGGAGGCCAAGCCUGCAGAGGCCAAGCCUGCAGAGGCCAAGCCUGCGGAGGCCAAGAAGGUAGAGCCCCAGGAACCCGGAAAGGAAACGUUAGAGCAGCCCAAGGACCGAGUGGGCACAAGGACGGGAUGUCGCCGCUAUUGGUGGGAAUUCAAGGACAGCAAUAAAGAGUUCUGGGGCAUGGGGCACGCCGAGGUCAAGAUUCUGAGUUUGGGCUGCCUCAUAGGGACGGCAAUGCUGUUCUACUUUCUUCCAGUGCACCCAGUCUUGCUUCUCGUCAACAAAAUGGAGAUAGCCAUCUUCACCUCAUUCAUCAUCCUCUACACCUUUGCCAUCAAUAGAUACAUCCCUUUCAUCCUGUGGCCCAUUUCUGACCUCCUCAAUGACCUAUUUGCCAUUAUAUUCCUUGGGGGAGCCGUGGCCUAUGGUUACAUAAGUCGGAAGUCCCUGCCGCAGCCUUAUUUAAUUGGUUUGAUCCUUAUGGGUGUUGCUGCAUUUUUUGCGUUAAUUGAUAUGUCUAUCCAAACAAAACACUUCAAAGGCAAGAGGGCCAGAAGGAUGAGAGUACUAGUUCCUCCUCCACCAAGGGAACCUGAACAGGAAAAUGAAGCAGGCCAGGCACCUCCAGCACCUGCAGCAGGAGCAGCCCCAGACCCAGGAAUGAAAAAGUGA